AUGUCUUCUGAUAAACUCGGUCAAUCUCUCGAUGAGAUCCUUGCUACUCAAAGAGCAUCAGGCACUGGACGUGGUGGACGUGGAGGCAGUCGUCGUGGUGGACGUGCUCCAGGUGGUCGCAACGCCACUGCAGCUCCAGUCGGAGGUGUAUCCAAGAGCAAGAAGCCAGUCAAGGGUGCAGUAAAGCCUGCUCCAGCUGGCCCCUCGGGAGGAAAUGCCCCAUCUCGUAUUGUGGUUAGCAACUUGCCAUAUGAUGUGACAGAACAACAGAUUAAGGAAUACUUUCACGAAGCAAAAUUGCACACCAAGAUCGUUCAACUAGUUUAUGGUCCAAACGGAGCUAGCCGUGGCGAAGCCAAUAUCACCUUCCAUCGCCCAGGUGAUGCUGCCGCUGCUGUAUCUAAGCUCAAUGGUGUCAAGGUUGACAACAGAUCAUUGAGGGUUCAACUUCUCGUUGAUGCCCAGGCCGCCAGCAUUAUGGAGGAGAAGCUUGCUAAGAGACUUACGGAUCGAAUUACUAGCAUGCCAAAAUCGCAACCAAAGUCUGCUGUACCAAACAAGGCAAACAGCAAGGAUCAAGCUGGCAAGAGAGGAGGAAAGAGAGGCUCCCGCGGUGGUGCCGGUGCCACCACUGCUCGCCCAGCUAAAAAGAAGACCGCUGAAGAACUUGAUUUGGAGAUGGCAGAUUACUGGGAGAGCGGAAACGCCGCGACUGCAGAGACUGGCACCGAUGCUCAAGCUACAAAUGCUGCUGUUGAGGCAACUACCAAUGGAGACGCAAACAUGGAUGACGAGAUCUUGUAA